AUGUUCAAAAAGAUCCAUUCUAUCUUUCACCCCAACUCCCAGCGAAGAAACGUGACAGAUGACAUCCCUUACUGUGAUGGCUCAGGUUCUGCAGUGAGACUGAUCCGCAGCACUUCUAUGUACGUCCUUGCAGGUGAGCAGGAAAAAGUUAGCGAACCACUAAAAAAAUGCAGAAGUGCAAGCAGCAUUGACUCUUGCUUUCAGCCAAAAGAGGAAGACAGAGACUGGAUGUACUCUAAGACUCAAGACUGCUUGAAGUACCUACAGGAUCUGCUAGCCUUGAGGAAAAAAUAUCUUGACAACAUCAAUAGCUUGAAAUCCAUGCAUAUGGCUGCAGAUUCUCCAGCGUCCACAAAAUCAUCCAAAACUGGAAAAAAGUCAUUUCUUCCACUUCCUUCCAAAGAGUCUUCUAAGGCAUCCAUGGAAAGAAAAGGCCCACAGUCCAGUUCAGAUGUAAGAGAAGCAAUAGCUUUCUUUGACUCAGUCAUUGCAGACCUGGACUCAGAGAGGUGGCGGAGAGUUCCUGACAUGGAUCUGCCAAAUGUGGAUGUUGAUUUUGAUGUUGCUACCAGUACAAGUGAACACAGUUUGCAUUCAAACUGGAUCCUUCGUGCUCCUCGGAGAUACUCACACGAUACUGCCCAAGCAGCUAAGGCUGCAAACCAAUCUCAAAGAAACAGCCAGAGGAGAACCACUGGCUCUAGGAAGAGGUUGGAAAGGCAUCCCAUGUACUUGCCCAAAGCUGUGGAAGGGGCAUACAGCACUUUAAAAUUUAAGCCUAAAACACACAAGAAAGAAUGUUGAAAGAAGAAUAUUUGCUCUUCACUAGAACAUACGAAAUAGGGCAUGUAAGACCUGCACUUUUAUUUUUUUUUUAACACUGAUCCAUCACUUACACUCUAGAAGUGACCUGUGCAGUCACCGAAGG